GUCGUACAAGAUCUCAGGUAACCUCUGUGACGGUACCUCUGCUCUGCAACUCACAUCUCGGUCAAUUUCGACAUAAUGAAGUUACUCCAAGCGACCGUCUUAACCCAAUGGCUUAGCAUCACUGCUGCACACUCAUUGAAAAGAGAUUAUCCAGCAACUCCCGUCCCUGAAGACCUCAAUGGCUCCAAUUUCACGUACCCAUGGCCCGUAAACACCUAUGACUUCACAUCCCAGCGACAGGCCCUCCAAAUGGCAUUCAUGGACGUCUCCCCCACGAACUCCACGGUCCCCAACAACCGCACCGCCCUCCUCCUCCACGGGAAGAAUUUCUGCGGCGCAACCUGGGAAGGAACCGCAAGAGCCCUCCUCUCCACAGGCUGGCGCGUGAUUCUCCCAGACCAAGUCGGCUUCUGCAAAUCCACGAAACCCGCAGGAUACCAAUUCAGCUUGCAGCAACUCGCUUCAAAUACGCAUGACCUGCUACAGAGUUUAGGCGUUGGCAACGUCACCGUGAUCGGGCACUCCAUGGGCGGCAUGCUGGGAACGCGGUACACGCUCAUGUAUCCCUCCUCCGUCGACGCUUUAGUCCUCGUCAACCCCAUCGGGCUCGAAGACUGGAAGGCAAAAGGCGUCCCGUACCAGAGCAUCGAUGUGACUGCUGCGACGGAGGCGAAGAGUAACUACACGUCCAUCCGUGCUUACGAACAGGCGACGUACUACGUCAACACGUGGAAGCCGGAGUAUGAUGUCUGGGUCAACAUGCUCGUUAAUGUGUACUGGGGGAGGCAGAGAGAGAGGUUCGUGUGGAAUCAGGCGCAGACUACGGAUAUGGUUUUGUCGCAGCCAGUUGUGUAUGAGUUUGGGUUGUUGAAGCCGAAGACGCUGUUGAUGGUCGGGAUGAAGGAUAAUACGGCAAUUGGGAAGCAGUGGUCUCCGCCGGAGGUGCAGAAGGUGUUGGGGAGGUAUGAUCUGCUGGGUAAGGAGGUGGUGGAGAAGAUUCCGAGAGGUGAGCUUGUGGAGUGGGAGGAUCUGGGACAUUCGCCGCAGAUUCAGGAUCCAGCUAGGUUCGAGGAGGCUCUUCUAGGAUGGUUGGGUGCUGGAAAGUAAAUGUUCAGCGCGGCAUCGAGCGUAGGGUUACUCGUCCGGUUGGUGCUAAUGAAGGGAAUAGCCUGAAACCUGUCUUUCUGUGUAUUUUGCAGUGUCUAGUCAUAUACGGUUCCCUCCAUAAAUCCUAA